AAACAAGCGUUUUAAUGAAUACUUUCAAGUGAUAUCCUCUGGGUCCACAUUGUUAAUUUUGUUGUAUAUGUCUGUUACCCAAAAUAAUUCCAAUUAAAUUCAAGAAAGGAUUCGAAAAGAGGCCCACUUCCUGUUUUGUCUGGAUGUGGACAUGAAGUUUUACCAGCGCUGGGAGGCUGAGGUGCUCAGCCAGCUUGUAGCUGCAGUUCACCUAUCUUACUACUAUGAGAGCUGGGACAAGUUCCCCUACGAAUGCAGACCUGCCUCAUUAUCCUUUGUGCCCCUGAAUGAGGGGGACUUCUACUAUGCCAGAGCAGUGUUUGGAGGGACUGUGGAGGAGGUCCACAAGCUGACUAGGACAUGCCAGGAGCAUCUGGACAGAGACAGGGUUAAUGUUAUAGAGGCAGCGUGGCAAGAGGCGAAACAUCUCAACUGCUACCUUAUCUACAACAAACCCACCCGGCUGCUCUCCCCUGAGUACAUAUAAGGAGUCAUGAUGCACCUGAGAUCAAGGUCAUAAAGCUGGCCUCUGUCAUUAAGAAUAACGUAGAAAUACGACAAUGUAAAAAUGUAGAGGGUCAAUAACCUCAGUUUCAGAUGAAAAACAAAAACGUGAAAUACAAAUUAUUUUAAACAGAGGUUGAUCUGCUUUGCUCUUAUACUCAAUAUUAUUAGGAACUUUGUUUUGUAAGUUCGCUUUUUUCAUUCAUAUUUUGUUGUAUUAAGGCCACAAAAGACAACAGUCAGAAAUGUUAUAAUGACUGAAUUGAUUAAUUAAAGAUGAUCUACCACCACCAAUGUAUUUUGUCAAACUGAAUGCGUUGGUCACAUGUUGUUGGUAUAGUCAGAGCCAUACAAUUGUACAGUGCUUUCCGAAUGUAUUCAU